UUAAGAAUGUCUAGGUCUAAUUUAUUUUAAUGAAUUAACUUUAAGAAGUUUAGUAUGCUAUUUUUAAUGCAUUUACAGUAUAUUUUUCUUGAUCGUUUAUAGUGGUUUCAUUAACAAGGGUAACUUAACUUACUUUAACUUCUGUUCCAAUGUAGAACACAAAAGUUUGGUGCUAGAAAGAAUAGCUUAUAGCAAUAGAUAGGAGAAAUAAUAGAAAUUAAUUCGCACUAUGGAGUCGUCCCUAAGCACAGUUGCAGACAUUAAUUCUCAAAUUUCAUUUCUUCAUCAGUUAUUAGGGAUUACUGAAAGUUUGAAGAAAAAAUGUAUAAAACUAGAAGAAGAAAAGAUCGAAGCUGUUAAAAGGUGUGAAGAAUUGAAAAUCUCACUGGAAAGGUUUAGAAACAGAAAGUGCACCAAUUGUUCUUUUCUAACAAAUGAGCUGAAGAAAGAAAGACAGGAUAAGGAAAAGUUGAAGAAAGAAGAAAAAGCCAAGCUGCUUAAAACUAUCGUUAAAACGUUAGCGAACAUAGAAGAUGGUAACACAAACCCUAUGAAUCAGAUGUUUACAGAAUUAGUAUGUGCUAAACUUAACCAAAGUCAGGAGUCAAAUCGUACAAGAGGAGUAUCUCUUAUUGAAGACACUGAGGAAAAUGGAGAUGAGGACAACUCUAAAGUACUAGUAGAUGAAACCAUAUUGGUUGAAGACAGUGAAAAUGUCUCUUGUCCAUCUGAAAAACGUACAAUUAUUAUCCCAGAAACCGAAGCUACAGAAAGCCCAAAGGAUGUUAUCUCAAAGAAAACCUCCAAGGAUAAAACAUCACCAAAGUAUAGAAGUAGGAACAUGAAUAAUUUAAAGGAAAAUAUCAUCUCUCUUGAAAAUGAAGAAGUUGUAGAACAAGCUAGCAAGAAGUUGCGACUUUCACCAAUUCUAUGUUCACAAAAUGUUUCUCCUUCAAGAGAGAAGCUGCAAGUGAACCAGACUGUUGCCAGCCCUUCAGUGUUGUCUGACAAUAUUGAGGCUGCUAAGGGCUCGAUACUAAGUUGUCAAAAUGACGCAGGACUGGCUUGGACCAUGAAGCCUGGAGGAUUAGUAGAGGCAGUGUCCACUAGUGCUCCUGGUGGCAAAAAACUUAAGCAAAUGACUUUGAGUCUUUCUCGACCAGAGAAGAAACAUGAUAUUUCACUUUCUGGAAGUUUCAAAGGAGGAGUGGCAAAGAACCGGGAUGAAGACAUAGACGUUAUCUUACCUAGCCCUGAGCAAAAUGCUAAGAAACUGUUUGGGAAAAAGACAUCAGCAGCAGAGACACUGGAAGACCCGGACAUGACAGUGUUUAACCCCAUGAUAACCAGCACCUGCCUGCCUGCCCCUGGAAACACAAGUUUUGACAGGCUGCCGGAUAUGCAGAAGAGUCCCAAGUACAAAUAUAGAAGAGAGACGGUUCGCAAGAAGACUGAGAGAAUGAGACUACCUGGCCAAGACUGUGAUGAAUGUGCCAAGUACUACGAAGCAGCAGGCUUGGACCAGUCUGUAGAUGUAAGAGCAAGACUUGACAAAUGUUCCAGACACAGGGACAAAUAUCAGCUGAGAGCAAACACACCUCCAGGUUUCUGGGACCCUGUUUUGCCAUUGACUCCAGAAGAAAACUUGUGAUGAAAUUAUCUCAAUUAUAAAUAAUAUUUAGUUAGUCAGAAUCUGGUUAGUUGAACUAAAUAUCAAUUUUAUGAAAAAAAUAUUGUGAUAUUUGGAUUAUGUGAUUUUACGACUCAUAAUUUUAAUGUUUUUAUGUUGUCUUA